UUAUCAUAAGCAUAUUCAAUUCAAGCAAUAAAUUUGGGAAAAUGGAGUAUAAAGGGAACGAAGAGAGUUGAUAAGAGGACAAAUUAUAGACUUAUCACUUAAUCAUGAUGUAGGAUCUCCUUGAUAAAACCCUAAACCCCAUUAGUCAGAGGUUUGGGGAUAAAAAAAUAAGUGCUUGAUUAUUUUUUUUUCCAAUUUUUUUGGGAAUUUUGUAGUGAAUACGGACUGUCCUACACUCUAUUUUUUAGAUCUUCCUUUGUAGGAUUAUACUGAAUAUGUUGUAUUGUACUUUUGAAAAUUAGGGAGUAAUGGGUGAGGGAUUAUUGGGAAUUUCACCCUCACCGACUUGGUAAAAGUUCAGUUUCAGAUAUCUGACCAGUUAAGCUAUAAAAAUUUCUAACAGACAUUGCACUCUUUAACAGAGAGGGCAUUUUGUUGAUUGCCAUGAAAAUUGCUCCAAAGAAACCUCAUUUUUUCAAGCCAAUUAUGCCAGGUUUCAAGCGUGGUCUUAAAAUUCCUAUAGGUUUCUUGAGGUAUCUGAAGGGACUUAAACAUAUUAAACAUGCAAUACUGAGAAGGGCGAGUAAAAAGUGGUUGUUGAAGGUGAACUGCUGGAGAUUAGAAGAUGGUUGGAAAAAGUUUGCAAAGGAGCAUGAUUUGCAAUUGGGAGAUUUGUUGGUGUUUAGACAUGAAGGACACAUGGAAUUUAAGGUUUCCAUCUUUGAUUCGAGUCAUUGUGAUAGAGAGUACGCAGAGUAUUUGCGGGAAGAAGAAGAGAGCAAUACUAUUGAAGAGACUUCCAAGAAAGUGAAAUUCAAAGAAGCUGCUAUUCAUAACCCUUGCGGCCAAUCUCGUUUUGAGUGCAUUGUCAGACCAUAUUGCGUUUCAAAUGGUUACUUGGUAAGUCUCAAAACUCAUUGGAUAAAGGAAGCAUUUGCACCAUUUUGUUUUUUCCCUCCUCUGUUUAUUGGAGUUAUUUACAGCAAAAGUAUGAAGUGUUUCAUAUGUGCAAAUUGUUAUAAACAAUUCCUGCGCCUUCCUAGACAAUUUGCAAGGGCAAACGGUCUCAUGAACAAGAAACUUGGUGUGAUUAUCAGAGAUGAAAGACAAAGAUCAUGGAAUUUACGGCUUGCUACCUAUGGUUUAAAUGUUCAUAUAUACAAUGGAUGGGAUGAAUUCUGUGUUGUGAAUAACUUAAAGGAGGGAGAUUAUAUGACGUUUGAGGUUGUUGCUAAUGGAGAAAAACCCAUAUGGAAAUUUCGCUUAAUAAAGGAUCUUAGGCAUAAGGCGCUAGACCUGACUACUCCGAUAUCACAAAUACCAGCUUCAACAUCUGCUGAUGCCAACCCGCAUUUUAUAUCCACUAUCAAGCAUUACACCUUCACAAAAGCUAUUUUGAAAUUUGAGCAGUAUCUUCCAAAGGGUUUCACAAAAUCAAAUGGCAUGAUGGAUAAACAUGAGAUGAUUCUUGUCGAUGAAAAGCAGAGAUCAUGGACAGUGUGGCUAGGGAAAAUGGAUCCUCGCCAUUUUGGAAUUAAAUGUGGAUGGCCACAGUUCAGAAAAGCAAAUGGUGUUCAAGUUGGAGAUACUUAUAUGUUUGAACUCACCGACAAUGGCACAAUACCUAUAAUGCAUGUCCAUUAUAUGAAAGAACCAACAGUUGAUGUGAUGGCCUCGUUAAGCUGCUCUGCGCCAAUAGAAAAAGCCUGAAAAUUUUCAGAGCUAAUUACCGGAGAUGACAGCAAAAGAUGUUCUUUUAUCUGAUCAUCCUGAAUUUGUAGACGUUUCGAUGAUGUCGGAAGGAACUCCCAACAAUGAGCGGUUCCUGGUGAUUGAGGCUUGGAAGCAUUCGGAUUUCUUGUGCACCUUUCUUUUUUGGCCAAUGAGAACAGGACAUAUGACGUUUGAGUUUGAUUGUGAAUGACAAAUGGAAGAUGUUCCAUACAUUGAAGAAAAGAGGAGAAUUUAUUGGUAUAAAUAGAAAAACACUUCUACAUUAGCUUAAAAUUUUGGAUCAACUAGUCAUCAAAGGUUGUGGUGGAGUCGUAAUUGCUCCUUCAUUCCUAAUUAGAAGUUUUAGGUUCGAGCAUUGAGUAUGGAGUCUGUCUUUGAUAGGGAGCGUUUUAUCUCCCAUAGCGGAAGAACUUCCUGGCUCGAAUUCAGAUUAGUCGGACUUUAAGGGGUCGUUUGGUCGAGCGUAUAAGAAUAGUACUAAAUAAGGUGUGUUAAUAAUGCUAGGAUUAGUAGUGUUGGGGCUAAUAAUGCUGAACUUAUUUCUUAUGCAGUGUAUGGUUUGAUAUAUUAAAAAUAAUAUGUAUUGCUAUAUUUCUUUAAAAAUAUUAUUUGUUUACAAAAAUA